AUGGCUAUGGCUGAUAGCGUGUUACUGAAACAACGCAAUAAACACAUGAACGCAAUGGCUGCAAUAAUUGGAAUGACACUAAAAACUUCAUCAACAUCGGUAUGAUAUUAAUUUAAUUUGUACAAUUUAUAUUCAACUUGAUAAAACAUGACACAAUCUAGUGAUAAAUCUUGUCCCUUCAUAUCAAAGAGUACUCUAUAGCAUAGACAUAAAUAUGCUAUGCAUAGAAGCCCAUACUCCAUAGUUAUAUACUAAGAAUGGUCUUGAUUUCUGUGUUAUGGGUGAAACUAUUUUAAUAUUACAUUAUUCAUGUGUUAGGUUUAUGAUAAAAAACCGUACCUUUUUUGUUUGUUAAAUAUGCAUGUAUGUAAUAAAGUAUGCACUAUUGUACACAUCUCAGGUACUUGCUUGACACUUGUAGUAUGUUCUAUGUCUAUGAUUAAACGGCAAACGCAUUGUAUAAACCCUUGGCCUUACAGAGUUAUGGCUUAUAUUUUCAAAACAAACAAACGCAAAAUGAACAGGCUUACAGUAAUUCAAAUGGCAUUACCGUCUAUAUCAUGGCCAGAUUUUGAGGGGAUGUGUGGGGAGGUGCGCACCUCCCAUAUAUACCUCCCCUGAGAUCGUUUUGCACCUCCCCUGAGAAUUUUUGCACCUCACCUGAAAAGUGAAUGCACCUCCCAUCGGGAAAGUUUCAAUGAUAAAUCAAAGUGAAUAUUUGACAUUGCUUAGGGUCGAUAUUUCAUAAAAACAUUUUUCUGUAAAAUUGAAACAGUGAUAUAGCCAUCUGUGUCAAAUACCAUUUUAUUAAUAAUGCAAUGUUUUGCUAACAUGCAUAUGUCACGUCGUUGACUCUGGCCUGUUCUAAGCCCUAACUUUCCAUGGGGGUCGUGAGAUAGAAUGUUGCACCUCCCCUAAAUUUUUUUCCCACUUCUCCCACUAUUUCCACCAAAAUCUGGCCUUGGUCUAUAUGUAAGAAGUAUGUGUUAAUUCAGGUUAAAAAAUCCAAGUUCCAUAUGAAAAUCUUAUAUUCUUUUCAGACAGUUAUUAGUACUUUUCCAAAGCUUAAACUAAGUUGCUGCAAUCUUACUAUCCUAAAGAAGAUGGAUGCUUUGAGACAAAACCAUGACCAGAUGCUACAAAAUGCAAAACAACAGAUAGAAGAAAGUUACAAAGAUGGAAAGUUUGGCCCUUCAUCUCAUCCUGGUUUUUCCAUCCCAUUCGACAACAUACAUGUUACGAUUGGUCGACGGCAUAUGACAAUUGCGCAUCAGAAUCAGGACUGUCACUGGGUCAACCAUAUAUAUGUACAGAAUCGGGUUUCAGGUAACUAUUUGCCUGCUAGUGGCUGCAGCCAGGACAUUGAUAAGUUAGACAAUAUUGAUAUACUCGUCAGUUCACAGGAUGAGAAGAAGCAAAAGUUUGAGUAUGGAAUUCUAGUAUCGCAUUUCCUGGUUGAGCAUUUCAAGCAAUUUGAAUUUCUGAAAAAAGUAUGUAUUUUGCAUAUCACACAUCGAUAUACCAAAGAAAUGGGGACAAAAUCUGUCAAGAUGUGUCCAUUAGGCCAAGUAAAAUAA